UUACAAACCAAACACCAGCGGAUAAAUCCAACGGCACCAUUCGGAUAUUGUGCUGGAUUAUGACGAUGCCCAAAUACCUGGAAACUCGAACCCAGCACGUGAGAGCGACCUGGGCGAAACACUGCGACCGAGUUCUGUACAUGAGCUCCACAUCCACAGAUUUCCCCACCGUGGGGCUGAACGUGAGCGAGGGGAGGGAAAACCUGUACUGGAAGACCAUCAGAGCGUUCCAGUUCCUCCACCAGCACCACAUGCACGAUAUGGACUGGUUUAUGAAGGCGGACGACGACACUUUCGUGGUGAUGGAGAAUCUGCGCCACACGUUGUCCCGGUUCGAUACGGAGAAGCCGUGGUAUUUGGGAAGACGCUUUACCCCGUUCAUCAAAAAAGGCUACAUGAGCGGAGGAGCCGGAUAUGUGCUCAGUAAAGAAGCUGUGAGACGCUUUAUCACGGGGUUCCAGACGGGGAAAUGCACACACUUUUCUGACAUAGAGGACAUGGCUCUGGGGAAAUGUAUGGAGACGAUGGAGGUGGAGCUGGGAGACACCAGAGAUGAGAAGGGAAGACAAACCUUUCACCCGUUUCCUCUGGACCAUUACGUCCUCAGGACUCCUCCGAGAAGAAGGCCCUGGUAUAUGAUCUACGACUUCUAUACUCCAAUAGAGGGUCCGGGUUGCUGCUCAGAUUUUGCCAUUUCCUUUCAUUACAUCCACCCCCCACAGAUGUACGUUCUGGAGUAUCUGACGCACCAUCUGAGGGCCUACGGAUACAGAUACAGAUAUCAUCCGGACGACAAAACUAAAUCCAACACCACAGAACAUGUUGAGGUGCAGAGUUCAACGUAACUUGCUUUCAUCGUGAGAUCUUCCAGUCAUUUCUAACUAAGCAUCUAUUGCACGUCUGUCCGUCCUGGGAGAGGGAUCCCUCCUCUGUUGCUCUCCCUGAGGUUUCUCCCAUGUUCCUUUAAACUGUGGGUUUUCUCCGGAAGUGUUUCCUUGUACGAUGUGAGGGUCUAAGGACAGAGGGUCUAAGGACAGAGGGUCUAAGGACAAAGGGUCUAAGGACAAAGGGUCUAAGGACAGAGGGUCUGAGGACAGAGGGUCUAAGGACAGAGGGUCUAAGGACAGAGCGUGUCGUAUUGUCACACUGAUAUUCUGUACAAUCUGUGCUGUUGUAUUUGCUGUAAAGUGUCUCUACUGUAGGUUAUUUUUUUAUUUUAUGUUCAGCACUUUGGCUCCACCAAAAAUCGUAAAAAAAUGUGUUGUAUAAAUAAAACUUGAUUUGAUAAAAGGUUGUAUUUGAAGGCCUUAUUUGAACCCAUUGAUGCUGUAGAGCAGGGGUGUCCAAACUACGGCCCGGGGGCCAGAUGCGGCCCGCAGACCAUUUUGAAUCGGCCCUCAGAAAAUUCAAAAGGUAUAAUGGAGUAUGGUCCACAGAUGAAACGUGUGCUUGUUUUAUAUUGCUUCUUCAAUAUGUUAAGGUAUCACACGUAUUCACGUGUUAAAAAGCCCACUUUCCAAAUACAUUCACUCAAUUCCACUUGACAUUUUUUUUUUAACAAAUCUUAGUUGAUGAGAAAAAUCCCAUUAUCUUAUUUUCACAACAAGCUUGAAAUAGAGCCUUCCUUUUCCUCUUCAUCAAUCUGAAGCUUCUGUGUUAAGGAAUGAGCUGCUAACAGGAUGAAUGAAACCGUAUGGAGAGCUGAGAUGAAGCCGGUUUCACUAUCAGGCACAAGUUCCCUGCAUUUGAUUGAUUGUGCUAACUUGUAACUGAACUUAAAGGCGAUAUUAAUCACCUCUAGUGAGCGGCCCAGCACUUCGUACAUCUUUCUGUAUUUGGCCUUCGGACAAAUAGCUUUGGACCCCCCUGCUGUAGAUGAACGUUAGUCACAAUCCAUGCUUCAUCUGUUUCUGACAGGAGCCUUUGGUUCAUCCUUUUUAAAACGACACCAUGCCCCUUAUUGCAAUGUUUUUAUGUGUGUGAGAAUUGAGACACAGUAGGAUUAGCAGGACUGAGACCCAUGAGCAAGAGCCAAAAGAGUUGUGUGAAUAUCAUGAAAUAUGAUUCUGUGUUCAAACUGCGUGGUGCUGUUGUAAACUGUGGGGGGUGGG